AACAAAUUAUUAAAUGCUUAAGUUGUGGAUGAAAUUAGGAUCCGGUCAUACGACGAGAUUUACGCUAAUGGACACUCUCGCCACUGCUCACGAAUUUGACGUACGUCGUGUAUUAUCUGCAAUUCAUCAUCUUACAGGCUCGGAUUAUACAAGCAAUGUUGGCACAAAAUAUGCUGAACUUGUUUCUAAACCCGAGCAUUACUUAAAAAACUUUAGUCUAGUUUCCACGGAAGAAGAUAUGGAUAAUUCUCUUAGAGCUGCAGAAGAGUACCUUGUUAAAGUUGUUCGAUCUGCAUCUAUGAACGUUGAGAGCAAAACCUUUGAUCAAUUACGAUUCGCGAUGUACCAUUUUAAUAACAGUGGGAUUCAUGAUCUGCCUCCAACAAGUGCUUCCAUUCGUUUGCACAUACAACGAGCGUUUUAUAACACCAACCUCCAACUCAACUGCCUUAAUGCACUGAGUAAACAGUUAAAUCCAUUAUUAUUCGGUUAUUACGAAGAAAAUGGAUGCCUGUUUCCUAAGUAAAAUACCAAACUUUUUCCGCC